AUGACCAUGUGCAACCUCCAGUUGCUAUCCUGGAAGACAGCCUUCUUGGUGGCCAUUACAUCUGCCAAGCGCAUGGGUGAGCUACGGGCACUCAGAGAAUAUGAACUUAGACCCUUGAAAAAGUAUGAUUUACUUUCCAGGAGAAUAAAAUAUGGCUCUGAUAGAACUACUUAUUUGACUAGACCUGUUGAAAACAAGCUUUGUCUUGCUCCUGCUCCUCCAUCUUCUCAACUUUGCAAUAUUCCAUGCCCUUCUGAGUGUCUGGUUUCUUCCUGGUUGGCAUGGCGCCCUUGUAUCUAUGAAAACUGCCAAGAUACCCAAGGGAGAAAAGGUUUCAAAAUGAGGGAAAGACGUGUUAUUGUGGAACCAGUGGGUACUUCUGGUGGUUGUUCACACUUGAUAGAAUCCAUUCCAUGUGAAAAUCCAGUAUGCUACCAGUGGAUCAUUUUAGAAGGAGUGUGUUUACCUUAUAAUGGAAUAUGUGGUCAAGGGACUCGUGUGCUGCAUGCUGUAUGCAGGAACUACAUGGGGGAGGAUGUAUCAGAUGACUUUUGUUCAGAGGUUCCUUCUCCUUCUGGAACAACAACUUGUGAGGUGCCAUGUGGAAUGGACUGUGUUGUAACGGAGUGGUCACAGUGGUCGUCCUGUUCUCACUCAUGCUCCAGUAAAAAUGCAGAAGGGAAGCAAAGCCGCACAAGAUCGAUAUUGGCAUUACCGGGGGAAGGUGGAAAGGCAUGUCCUCCUAGUCUUGCAUUACAAGACUAUCGCUUGUGCAAUGACCACUCUUGCCAUCAGGUCUACUGGGAAACAUCUGCAUGGAGUCCCUGCUCGGAAAAUACCUUGAUAACUGCUCUGAAUGCUACAAUUUACUGGAAUGGUGAAACUACUUGUGGAGUGGGCAUACAGACCAGGAAGGUCUUCUGUGUGAAGAAUAAUGCUGGCCAGGUCCCAGCCAAAAGGUGCCCAGAAUCCAUCAGACCAGAAAUAGUCCGCCCAUGUCUGCUCCUGUGCAAAAAAGAUUGUGUGGUGACUCCUUUCAGUGAAUGGACAAGCUGUCCUACUGUUUGCCAACACGGUAAUUCUACUACAACGAAACAGUCUCGCUACAGGAUUAUCAUUCAAGAUGCUGUCAAUGGAGGACAGGAAGAAUGCCCAGACACCUUGUUUGAAGAAAGAGAAUGUGAAGACAUCCCUGUUUGUCCUGUGUACAGCUGGAAGACCCAUAAAUGGAGUCAGUGUGUACUGGUGCCAGAUUCCAUAAGACAGGGUAUACUAGGAGUCAACGAGCCAUGUGGUCGUGGUUUGCAGUCAAGAGUUGUUACAUGUGUUUUGGAAAGCAACCAUUCAGUAGAUGUGGGAGAAUGCCUAAAGUGGGCAGAACCUAUGCCUUCUAUUGUUCAAGAGUGCCAUAUUCCUUGCAAAGAUGACUGCACAUUCACCCCUUGGUCUAAAUUUACUACAUGUUCAUCAGACUGUGUAUCAACAAGGAGCAGAAGACGAACUCUCACAGGGAGAAGCAGAAAGCGAGACAAGUGCCAGAAUACAGAACUGUAUCCUCAAGUUGAAACAGAACAGUGUCCUUGCUCAAUAUUUACCACCUGGCCCUAUGGAAAUUGGUCUGAAUGCAUUAUUUCUUCUAGAAAAACAGAGCUACAGUCAGAAAUGAAGUUUCAUGGACAUGCCAAAGAGUGUGGAGAAGGUGUGCGAUUCCGAGCUCUUACCUGCUAUGAUAAGACUGGCAGACUUGUGGAACCUUCUCACUGCAACCAUUCAGGUUAUAUCAAAGAACCUUGUAUGAUUCCUUGCCCAUUUGAUUGCAAAUUAAGCGACUGGUCUGCAUGGGCCCCCUGCAGUACUACUUGUGGAACAGGAGUGAGAAUUCGAUCCAGAUGGCUGAAGGAAAAACCUUACAAAGGAGGGCGUCCUUGUCCAAAACUGGAUCCUAAGAAUCAGGCCCAAGUGUAUGAGGCAACCCCAUGUUACAGUGACUGCAAUCAAUAUUCCUGGGAAACAGAACCCUGGUCUUCAUGUGAAAUUAACAGUGAGCAAAACUCCCUCCAUUGUGGAGAAGGUAUACAGACUAGGAAAAUCAGAUGUGUAAACACCACUGAAGAUGGCGAAGGAGAGACUGUGGCCAAUAAGUUUUGUAACCAGUCUGAAAUUCCACUUGACACUCAAAAGUGUACCCUCUAUUGCCCCAGUGAAUGUGUAGUUUCAGAGUGGGGUCGCUGGAGCCAGUGCUCACAGCCUUGUGACCCCAAUAUAAUGCAAACACGAGCACGGCAAAUGUUGAGAUCGCCUUUAAAUCCCAAGACCUGCCCUGAAGAUUCUCAAAUGCGGCCUUGUGUUCUAAAUCAAAAUUGUUUUCAGUAUCAUUACAAUGUAACAGAUUGGAGCACUUGUCAGCUAAGUGAAAAUGCAAUCUGUGGUGAAGGGAUUAAGAAUCGCCUUCUGAGCUGUGUACGCAGUGAUGGGAAAACGGUGAACAUGAACUACUGUGAGCAGCUAAAUUUGGAGAAGCCUGCAAAAAUGAUUACUCACUGCCUUGUGGAAUGUGUAGUAAAUUGCCAGCUGUCAGAGUGGUCUGCCUGGUCAGAAUGUUCACAUUCAUGUGGCCUUACAGGUCAGAUGCUUCGUACCCGAUCUGUAAUCAUGCAAGCCCAAGGAGAAGGAAGGCUGUGCCCAGCUGAGCUCACCCAGUACAGAAACUGUGCCGCAAAACCUUGCUACAGCUGGGUUCUUGGAGAGUGGUCCCCAUGCAGAGUAGAGGGUGGACAGUGUGGGGAUGGAAUCCAAGUACGGAACCUCACGUGCGUGGUCCACGAUGGCGCUCUAUCUGCAGUAUCUAAACAGGUGGAAAGAGCAUUAUGUGGAGAUCUUCCAUCUAAAGACACUGUGUUGCAGCUUCCAUGUUCUGUGCCUUGCCCAGGUGAUUGUCAUUUGACAGAAUGGUCAGAGUGGAGCUCUUGUGAAUUAACAUGCAUUGAUGGCAGGAGCUUUGAGACGAUGGGUCGCCAGUCUCGGUCAAGAACAUUUAUAAUACUGUCUUUUGAAAACCAAGAUAGCUGCCCUGAACAGGAGCUGGAGACGCGGCCUUGCUCGGGAGGGAAGUGCUAUAACUAUGUGUGGAAAGCAAGCCUGUGGCAAGACAAUGAGCGCACAGUGUGGUGCCAGCGUUCCGACGGAGUGAAUGUCACAGGUGGUUGUUCGAUUCAGAUGCAGCCAACAACAACUAGGCGUUGUAACCCGGCCUGCAGAAAACCCUUCUCUUACUGCACGCAGAGUGGCAUCUGUGGUUGUGAGAGGGGCUAUACGGAAAUAAUGAGAUCAGAUGGUUUCCUGGAUUAUUGCAUGAAGAUACCAGGCUUAGAAGAUAAGAAAGCUGAUGUUAAAACGAAUGCUGCAAAAAAUAAACCUGUCAACUCCAAAAUGCAUGACAUUUUCAAAGGAUGGUCUAUUCAGCCUUUUAACACAGAUGGGAAGCUUAAAAUCUGGGUCUAUGGCGUUUCAGCAGGCGGGUUUUUCAUUAUAAUUUCCUUAAUCUUUACAUCUUAUCUUCUUUGCAAAAAGCCAAAACAGCAACAACAUUCUCCUCCACAACAAAAGUGUCUGACUUUAGCCUACGAUGGAGACGUUGACAUGUAA